AACUGGCCAGCGUACUCUCGGCUGUUGUCCCUUUAAAACUCGAAUCCAAGGAGGUAAUGAUUUAUCAAACUUGUCUUAUCAAGAAAAUGUCAAACGAAGGGCACCUUGCUUUGCACUGACGCAGACCUGGCCUUUCCCAAGGAGAUAUAGAAAGCGCCUCUCUUGCUGGAGCCGAACCCAGUCUUGUCAAUAGCUGGUUUCACUCUCUGCCUUCAAUCUAUUGCCUGUUUCAGACAUGGAUUGUGGUGCUCCCAAGGAAAUGAAUAAACAACCAGCCAACAGCCUGGAGGCGGCGGUGGCGCUGGGCCACCACGAUGGCUCGUGCGCACCCAGGACGAGCCCGGAGCAGGGGCUUACCGCGGCCGCCGCCGCGCCGCCGUCGCGUGUGCCAAGGUCCUCUUCCACCGGCUCCCAAACUUUCCAUUUCCCCGACGCGCGAGCCUGCGAGGCCGAGUGGCCGGGAGUAGGGGCUUGCAAACUCGGUAGCCCGCGGGCGCCGGCGGCCUCGGCGGCUCUGCGGGACUUGAGCGAGGCGCACGGCGCGCAGGCCGCCCCUCCUUCAGGGGGCGCCGGGCCCGGCAACGCGCUGCAUUGUAAGAUUCCGGCCCUGCACGGCCCGGAGGGGGAUGCGAACGUGAGCGUGGGCAAGGGCACCCUGGAGCGGAACAAUACCCCGGCCGUAGGCUGGGUGAAUAUGAGCCAGAGCACCGUGGUGCUGGGCACGGAUGGAAUCACGUCCGUGCUCCCGGGCAGCGUGGCCACCUCUACCGCCCAGGAGGACGAGCAAGGGGAUGAGAAUAAGGCCCGAGGGAACUGGUCCAGCAAACUGGACUUCAUCCUGUCCAUGGUGGGGUAUGCAGUAGGGCUGGGCAAUGUCUGGAGGUUUCCCUACCUGGCCUUCCAGAACGGGGGAGGUGCUUUCCUCAUCCCUUACCUGAUGAUGCUGGCUCUGGCAGGGUUGCCCAUCUUCUUCCUAGAGGUGUCUCUGGGCCAGUUCGCCAGCCAGGGGCCGGUGUCUGUGUGGAAGGCCAUCCCAGCCCUACAAGGCUGUGGCAUCGCAAUGCUGAUCAUCUCCGUACUAAUAGCCAUAUACUACAACGUGAUUAUUUGCUACACACUUUUCUACCUGUUUGCCUCCUUUGUGUCUGUGCUGCCCUGGGGCUCCUGCAACAACCCUUGGAACACGCCAGAAUGCAAAGAUAAAACCAAACUUUUAUUAGAUUCCUGUGUGAUCAGUGACCAUCCCAAAAUACAGAUCAAGAACUCAACUUUCUGCAUGACGGCUUAUCCCAACUUGACAAUGGUUAAUUUCACCAGCCAGGCCAACAAAACAUUUGUCAGUGGGAGUGAAGAGUAUUUCAAGUACUUUGUGCUGAAGAUUUCUGCAGGGAUUGAAUAUCCUGGCGAGAUCAGGUGGCCACUGGCCUUCUGCCUCUUCCUGGCUUGGGUGAUUGUGUAUGCAUCCCUGGCAAAAGGAAUCAAGUCUUCAGGAAAAGUGGUGUACUUCACGGCCACGUUCCCGUACGUCGUGCUGGUGAUUCUUCUCAUCCGAGGUGUUACCCUGCCUGGAGCUGGCGCUGGGAUUUGGUACUUCAUCACGCCUAAGUGGGAGAAACUUACGGAUGCCACGGUGUGGAAAGACGCUGCCACUCAGAUUUUCUUCUCUUUAUCUGCCGCAUGGGGAGGCCUGAUCACUCUUUCUUCUUACAACAAAUUCCACAACAACUGCUACAGGGACACCCUCAUUGUUACCUGCACCAACAGUGCCACGAGCAUCUUCGCCGGCUUCGUCAUCUUCUCAGUCAUCGGCUUCAUGGCCAAUGAACGCAAGGUUAACAUCGAGAACGUGGCAGACCAAGGGCCAGGCAUUGCAUUUGUGGUUUACCCGGAGGCCUUGACCAGGCUGCCCCUCUCUCCGUUCUGGGCCAUCAUCUUUUUCCUAAUGCUCCUCACUCUUGGACUUGACACUAUGUUUGCCACCAUCGAGACCAUAGUGACCUCCAUCUCGGACGAGUUUCCCAAGUACCUGCGCACACACAAGCCGGUCUUUACUCUGGGCUGCUGUGUUUGUUUCUUCAUCAUGGGCUUCCCCAUGAUCACUCAGGGUGGAAUUUACAUGUUUCAGCUCGUGGACACGUAUGCUGCCUCCUACGCCCUCGUCAUCAUUGCCAUUUUUGAGCUCGUGGGGAUCUCCUACGUGUACGGCUUGCAGAGGUUCUGUGAAGAUAUCGAGAUGAUGAUUGGAUUCCAGCCCAACGUUUUCUGGAAAGUCUGCUGGGCGUUUGUUACUCCAACCAUUUUAACUUUUAUCCUUUGCUUCAGCUUUUACCAGUGGGAGCCCAUGACCUAUGGCUCUUACCGCUACCCUAACUGGUCCAUGGUGCUCGGAUGGCUAAUGCUCGCCUGUUCCGUUAUCUGGAUCCCGAUUAUGUUUGUGAUAAAAAUGCAUCUGGCUCCUGGCAGAUUUAUCGAGAGGCUGAAGUUGGUGUGCUCGCCGCAGCCGGACUGGGGCCCCUUCUUAGCUCAGCACCGUGGGGAGCGUUACAAGAACAUGAUCGACCCCUUGGGAACCUCUUCCCUGGGACUCAAACUGCCAGUGAAGGAUUUGGAACUGGGUACCCAGUGCUAGUCCGAUGGCAUGGGUGGCCCAGACUUGAUUCCGUUUCUGCUCUCUGCCUUCCCCUAGUGUUUUCCCCAGCUCUCUUCCCAUUUUUCUUCUUCUCUCUCCCCACAUCUCGGUUCAUACCCGUGCACGAGAGUGGUGACUUAGAAAAGUAGGACAUAGUGUCGCAUGCUGUAGCCAGGAGCUAGAUGGACCACUUGAAGAGCGGUUUGCCUGUGUCCAUGCUGUCAGUUUCUGGUGGGGUUUACCCCGCAGGCUCGAAUCAACUAGGGGAGCACUUUCCAGCGAAGUCUCAAGUAGAUGUGCGUGCGCUGGUCAGUAGAGAAGCGUCCUCUGUGGUCGUCACUGGUGGUGCCGGUCAGGCUUAUGCAGCAGGAUGGCAGGAUAACCAGACCGUUAGUUUGGACUCAUCUGAGCAACGUAGUGAUUUCAUUCCGACACCCAAAGUUCAGGACUGGGUACCUUUGGAGGGUCAGCAGUGGUCAGAAAAUGGUUUUGAGUACGACGAGCCGGUGGAUUUGGACACCCCCGAGGUGGUGAAGUUCCCAUUUCCAUUCAUGAUUGGGGCUCUGUUUCCUUCAUCUGGACCAACUGUCUCAAGUGUACCAAGGACUCAGCUGCUUUCUCUCUGCAAACUGCAAAUCUCAGCAAAGAGUUGGUUCUCUCCCCUCAGUUGUCUUUUGCUGGAAUAACCAUAUUUGUGAAUUCUUUGGAUGCUUUCCCCCACCUCUGCAUUGUAUUUGUGCCCAAAGUUGUACAUUCAUAGCAGAGUGCCCUUUUUGUUUCUCCAUGACGUCUAGCACUGUGGUUCAAUGUCGCCCUUCCAUGUUUCUUCUCUUCUAAAUGUCUUUCUAUGAGCUGUAGCAACCUUGUCUUUCAGCCUCUGGGAAAACAAGACUUACCCCGGUUCUGUCUGUAUAUUAUAUAUAUAAGACACAAACUCUUAAAAAACAUAA